GAAAACCUCUUCUUUGUAAUGGAAUACCUCAACGGGGGAGACCUGAUGUUUCAUAUUCAAAUCUGCCACAAGUUCGACAUGGGCAGGGCGAGCUCUUUUGGUCUGUCGCUCACGGUUCUGCGCCUGACGCGACCUAUCCAGAGAAAGGGCCUCACCCACUUCUAUCUUUGCAGAGACCUGAAGCUGGACAAUGUUCUGUUAGACAAGGACGGCCACAUCAAGAUCGCCGACUUCGGGAUGUGCAAAGAGAACAUGUUCGGGGAUGACAAGACAAGCACCUUCUGCGGGACCCCCGACUAUAUUGCGCCAGAGAUCCUCCUGGGACAGAAAUACAACGUGUCUGUAGACUGGUGGUCCUUCGGCGUCCUCUUAUAUGAAAUGUUGAUUGGCCAGUCUCCAUUCCACGGCCAGGACGAAGAGGAGCUCUUCCAGUCGAUCCGCAUGGACAACCCCUUCUACCCACGCUGGCUCGACACAAACGCGAGAGACCUUUUAGUGAAG